AACCCAAACCUCGUCGGCACCAAAAUCCUAAAGCAAUAAUUUGUUUCCGGUGGUAGGAGAAAUGGAAAAGGUCUCCGUGACUCGACAUAAUUCCGAUGAAAUCGAUAAGUUCCUCGACGGAGAGGCGAGUUUUGCCGAUAUGAUGUUUGGGUUCAUGGACGAAAGCAAAGAUUUCGACGACAAGAAUCCGGGAGACUUCGCCGGCGGAGACGAUGAGGAUGAUACACAGGUUGAACAGACGAGAAUUUUCUGGGAAACCCAAGAGCGGCUUCUUCAGUCAACGUUGUUUCGAACAACAACUCUAGAAUUAAGAAUCCGACGAGCAACGAAAGAAGCAUUGAGUGAACUGAACGCUGUGGGAGUGCAAUGCGCUUGUCGGAGACCGGUGGCCGGACAAUGCCGGAGAUGUUUGCAAAGGGAAGUCUCGGCAAGACAAUCCAGACAAUCGCAUUUCUCGCUGCUGUAUAUGGAAAAGACGAGGAAUAUGGUGACUCCAAACCAGUGAAGGAAAACCAGGUUGAACAAAAAGGACCUGUAUUAAUAAUCUGCCCCACUUCUGUCAUCCAUAAUUGGGAGUGUGAAUUCUCCAAAUGGGCACCCUUUAAUGUUUUUAUUUACCAUGGGUCAAGCCGCGAAUUAAUUCUUGAGAAGCUACAAGCCAAUGGAGUUGAAGUUCUGGUUACUAGUUUUGACACGUUCAGAAUUCAUGGCAAUCUUUUGUCGGAGAUCAAGUGGGAGAUUGUGUUUGUUGAUGAAGCACACUGCCUAAAAAAUGAAAAAUCAAAACUCUAUAUAGCAUGUUUAGAGAUUAAGACUUGCAGACGAAUUGGUCUUACAGGAACCAUCAUGCAGAACAAAAUUAUGGAACUCUUUAACCUCUUUGACUGGGUUGCUCCUGGAUCCUUGGGAACAAGGGAACAUUUUCGGGAGCUUUAUGAUGAACCCCUCAAGCAUGGCCAGAGGUCAACUGCUCCUGAAAGAUUUGUUCGGGUAGCUGAUGAGCGUAAACAGCACCUGGCAUCAGUCCUUCAUAAAUAUAUGCUAAGAAGGACAAAAGAGGAGACUAUUGGACAACAUAUGUUGGGAAAGGAAGAUAAUGUUGUAUUUUGUGCCAUGAGUGAAUUGCAAAAACGGGUGUAUCAGAGAAUGUUGCAGCUGCCAGACAUCCAAUGUCUUAUAAACAAGGACCUGCCCUGUAGUUGUGGAAGCCCACUUAAACAAGGGGAAUGUUGUAAGAGGACUGUGCCUGAUGGAAUUGUAUGGCCUUACCUUCAUAGGGACAUCCCAGAGGGUUGUGAUUCAUGCCCUUUCUGCCUUGUCCUUCCCUGCCUUGUCAAGCUGCAACAGAUUAGUAAUCACUUGGAGCUUAUUAAGCCUAAUCCAAGGGAUGAACCGGAAAAACAAAGAAAAGAUUCAGAAUUUGCCUCUUCUGUUUUUGGUCCAGAUAUUGAUACGGUGGGAGGGACUGCCCCAAGUAACAGCUUUAUGGAUUUAAGUGACACUAGAUAUUGUGGCAAGAUGAAGGCCUUGGAAAAUUUAAUGUCCUCAUGGGCUUUGAUGGGUGACAAAAUCCUUCUUUUUAGCUACUCUGUCAGGAUGCUUGAUAUAUUGGAAAAGCUUCUUAUACGAAAAGGCUUUUGCUUUUCAAGACUUGAUGGAUCUACUCCAACUAACAUGCGCCAUUCUCUUGUUGAUGAGUUUAACUCAAGUCCAAGCAAACAAGUGUUCCUUAUAUCAACCCGAGCUGGUGGGCUUGGAUUGAAUCUUGUAAGUGCUAAUCGCGUGGUUAUAUUUGAUCCAAAUUGGAACCCUGCCCAAGAUUUACAGGCCCAGGACAGAUCAUUUCGUUUUGGGCAGAGGCGGCAUGUUGUGGUUUUCCGGUUUCUUGCAGCUGGUUCCCUUGAGGAGCUUGUAUAUUCACGUCAGGUGUAUAAGCAGCAGCUAUCAAACAUAGCUGUCUCUGGAAAAAUGGAAAAAAGAUACUUUGAAGGUGUGCAGGACUGUAAGGAAUUCCAAGGCGAGCUUUUUGGAAUUUGCAAUCUGUUUCGUGAUCUUUCAGAUAAACUUUUCACUAGUGAAAUUCUUGAAUUACAUGAAAAGCAACGGGAGCACCAUACCAAUAAGCAUGAAUCAAUCAAUCUAGGGGUCCUUCCAACUCCAUUGGAAGGAAGUGAAACAUUGUCAUCGGUGUCCAAGAAUUUGCAUCUUAGGACCAUAGAGACUGCUGCUACUGGUAAACCAGUCCUUGAAGACUUAGGUAUCUUAUAUGCCCAUCGUAACGAAGAUAUUGUGAACAAUAGACCUGGGAUACACCAGAAAAUAUUACUCAUUACUGAUGACAAUAACCCGAGAAUAGAUGCAAAUGCUUCACGGAAACGGAAAACAAAUGGUGAGGAAAAAGAUGCCUCGAGUAGAGACAGGAAAAAGAUUCAAUAUGGUUGCCUGGCGCAGAUCAAGGGCAUGGGACUGGUUGAGUUCAGUAAGUGGGUACUCUCCGCUACACCUUCGGAGAGGGAGAGUUUGCUUCAAGACUACAAAAGAAGAAAAAAAGAGACAUCAAAUGGUUGAAACAGUGUUGGUAAGCUCAAUCAUGAACUUGUAAAGCAACAGAUCGUUGAUAUUCUUCAUUUCCUUCAACCCUUCUUCUUAGUGAUAGGUCUAAGUCAUUUUAUGUAGAAAAUCCGAAAGGUUUUCGAAUGUGAACCCAAUUUAGUCUUUAAUUAGUUCACGAAGCCAGCCUUUAGCGGUAAUAUCUAACACAAGUUUCAGACUCAAUCUCAAACCUUACACUCUUUGUAUCAAAAUAGAGAAGUUUUUACAAUGUACAAUACAUAUGGACAGUAGGGUGUUCCAGAGCUGGAGAGGCACAAGAAUGUAUGUGUACUUUGUUCCUUUUUACA